AUGAUCGCAGUUGACUUCGCCAACAAGCUGCGCACAGCCAGCAGCAACAUCUGCAGCCUGUUGCAGAGGCCUGGCAUAGUUCUUCAGUUUUGCCUGCUGCUGCUGCUGCUGGUGGGUGCUUGCCGGGCACUCGGCGAGCUAGUCUGCAACUCGAACGGCUUUUGCUUCUGCACUGGGCACGAGGACGGCGACCUGGUGCCUGACUGCACGGAUUGCCGCGCCUACUACAGGUGCGGCGUGAACAGCAUUCAGCACGAGCUCUGCCCGCCGGCCCUCAUCUUCGAUGUCCAGCUGCUCGCCUGCAUGCCUGGCAAAUGUCCACGCUCGGAUGGUGGUUGCCCAGGACCCCAUCCAAAUGGGUCAACGCUUCCGCCGCCGCCCCCUCCACCCGCCAACUGCCUAGAGCAAGAGGUGAAGUGCAGCUUCCAUGGCCAAAUACUGCCACAUGCCUCACAUUGUCGCUUCUUCUGGACCUGCGUGGAGACCUGCCCCGUGCUGGGCUUCUGUGAGCUGGGCACUUGGUUCGAUCGCCAGAAAUUCGUCUGUGACUUGCCCAGCAACGUGCACAACUGUCCCCAGGGCAUUGACUAACAUGCUAGUGUUCCUUAGGCUGCAGUU